CCAGAUCAGCUCUUUUCAAGCUGGACUUGUGAGAGACUGGAAAGACCGAUUUCUUGAGAUGUUACAGGCUGCAUGUGUGUGGAGGAAGGACCAGUGCCCUGCCCUGUACGCCCUCACCCUAGAGCCUGUAUCUCAGCCUAGCAGCGGCUGCCAAUCCCUGGCACACCAGAGGCAAUGCUCCACCCCACCUCUGGAGCCCCUAGCUCAGCUCCUGAGUGGACAAAUGGCCAGAAGUCCCACCUGGGGGAAGGGCCCAGGAAGGCCAAGGGGUAUUUAAGGCCCAACACAAGGCAGUCAGAUGUCUUGACUGUACUGCCUCUUGGAAUGUCUUUGUCUGUACACUGCUGGAAUCCAGAAACUGAUUAGCAAAAUGUUUGGGACAGUGGUGGUUGGAGUUGGAAUUGCUGGCUUAGCACGAAUCCGAGACUUGAUGAAUCCUAUGCCUUCCAGCCCUUCUGAGCACCUGAAACUCUUUGGAUUUGUAUCCAGGAGAAGUUUUGGCAAUAUUAAUGAGGCUAAGCAGAUUAGCCUGGAAGAUGCUCUGAGAAACAAAGACAUCCAUGCAGCCUUCAUCAGCACAGAGAACAAAAGCCAUGAAGAAACCAUCAGAAUGUUCUUAGAAGCUGGGAAACACGUCCUCGUUGAGUACCCCAUGGCUUUGUCUGCUAAGGCAGCCCAUGAGCUCUGGGAGAUGGCUGAGCAGAAAGGUAAAGUACUCCAUGUGGAGCACAUUGAACUUCUUACUGAAGAGUACAAGCAGCUGAAAAAAGAGGUGGCUGGGAAAGACCUAGUGAAGGGAACAUUGCAUUUCACAGGUAGUGUCCUUGAUGAAAACAAGUCAGGAUUCCCUGCUUUCAGUGGAAUUGCCCGUCUGACGUGGCUAAUUGACCUCUUCGGAGACCUCACUGUUACCUCUGCCACCAGGGAGAAGCAGAAGGAUAAGAAUUAUUCCAGAAUGACUGUUCACUUUCAAACGGCAAACAAGAAACCCUUGACUUGGAUUGAAGAAAGAGGACCAGGGAUGAGACGUGAAAAGAAAAUCAACUUCUGUUUCACAAGUGGUUGCCUGGAGAACUUCCCUGAAGCCCCAAGGUCUUCCGUGGGCCUUUUCAUGCAGGAUCAGAACCUCUUUGCCAAGAAACUGCUGGGCCAGGUCUCCAAGGAGGAACUGGCUGCUGAGAAAUGGCGAAUUUUGCGGUGUCUUGACCUUGCCGAGGUGAUCCAACAGUACUGUGAAGAGCCAGAGAAAAUCUAUUCCUGAGACUGCUCUUAGGGAAGGAAGAACACGGCAGACAGAAAAGCUGUAGGGCUGGAACUCACUGUUGCCAUCAAGCAGUUGCUAUUUCUGUUUCAUUACCUUCUUUUUGACUACUUGUGAUUCCUGGGCUCUCCAAGUGUUCUGGGAGAGUCUGGGCUAUACCCUGUGCCUUCUGGUUUGCACCAGACCAAAGCAAUUCCCCUGCUCUGAUGCAUCCCUGUCCUUUCAGGUAGUUAGGAACCUAGCAACAGCAAGCUUUCCUGUGAUUCAGCUGGGAAUAUCCCUGACAGUAGAUCCUGCAGGACUGUAAAUACUAUAUAUAAUUCUCUCUCCCAGGUCCAUCCCCCCAUUCCAGAUAUGUCUGGAAAUGAACGUGUCUCAAUAGUAUUCAUGUACUAUUUUUGAGAAUGAAGUUCCAGUUCAGUUUUCCACCUCUUUACUUGAAAUACAGAACUUGUGCCACCACAGUUGUGACCUUUUCUUCCAAUUGCCCUGAACAGUUCUGUGUGUUUGCUCUAAAUAGUAGUCUUGCCUGUUAGGUACUGGGAGGGGGGGAGGGUGGUUUGUGGGUUUUUUGGGGGUGGCUGGUUUUCUCACUAGAGGUCAACUAUGGUCAAGUUAAAUCUGUAUUGGCAUCAAACCAGAAUAGAAGAAGAAUCUUGUCUCUUGAUAGAGAGAUGUUGAUUUCAUUCAGUUUCUCUGGUGCCUUGUGCCAACGUAGAAAUCUUUUCCCAGCAGAGAUGAGAAACAUGCAUUGAACUAAUGCAUUGCCUGCCUGCUCUCUACUGAACCUAAAUAUUUUUGAUUUUGUACUGGAAGCAGCAUAUUAUUCUCCUUCAUUUGUGGUCUAAUUCAGCAUGGGAGUGGAUCAUAGCAAAAAAUAAUAAACGUCUUGCAUUUAAGAAAAGAAAAUCACUAAUGCACUCCUGGAAACAGAGAAAUUCAUUAGGAAUAGUGAUAAAUUUAGAAUAGCAUUGUAGAAAACAGCAGUUUGCUGUGUGUUUAUGUCGUGGUUCAGCCCCAGCUGGCAACUAAGCACCAGGCAGCUGCUUGCUUAUUGUACCUCAGUGGGAUGGGGAGAGAAUCAGAAAGGUAAUAGUGAGGGGGGAAAAAAAGGUGGGUUGAGAUAAUGACAGUUUAACAGAUAAAGCAAAAGCUGGAUGUGCAAGCAGAGCAAAACAGGGAAUUCAUUCAGUGCUUCCGAUGGGCAGGCAAGUGCUCAGCCACUCCCAGGAAAUCAGGGCUACAUCACACACCACAGCUACUUGGGAAAACAAGCACCAUCACUCUGAAUGUCCCCCCCUUUACUCUCCUUCCCCAGCUUUAUAUGCCAUAUGGUCUGGAAUAUUGCUUUGUAGUCAGCUGUCCCGGCCGUGUCCACUCCCAAUUCUUGUGCACCCCCAGCCUACUUGUUGGUAGGAUGGGGUGAGAAGCAGGAAAGGCCUUGAGGUUGUGCAAACACAGCUUAGCAAUAACUAAAACAUCCCUGUGUCAUCAACACUGUUUCCAGCAAAAUCCAAAUCACUGCCCCACAUUAGCUACUCUGAAUCAAAUUAGCUCUACCCCAGCCAAAACCAGCCCAGGUUAUAGCAUAUGACACCUGUGGGAAUGGGUCUUUAGCAUUUUUACUGUAGUCACAGGAUCACAUUUGAAAACAUUAUCACUUCCCUAAAGAGGCGUUUUAGUUUUAGAAGCCUAAGCACUGCACAAUGCUAUUAACAAUCCCUCUGGUUGCCUUUUACUUUCUAAUUACAGCAUCUGCUGGUGCUGUAUUAAUAUAGAGGCCAACUUCAGUCUGUGUAAUUGUUCUUUCAAACCAAAAUAGUAUUUCUUUUUCUAUUUUAUCAUUUGGGCAAUUUUGUUAAUAAGGGGACAUAUAUGUUGCGAAUGUAUAUGUAAUUGCAGCCAGUCAAUAUUGACAAUUAAAAGACUUCCUUUGGGUAAAUGUUCAUUCAGGAGUUGGAUACAAUUUCGUCUGCUGGAAACAAGAAAGAAAAAUCUGGACAAUUUUCUCCCAAAUCAGUCAGAUUUUAGCAAUGACUGGAGCUUGAUGUGUGAAUGAAUUCUGUAUGUGACAUUUGUUUAAAUCUAUCUGUUAAAAUCAGUGAAAAUUCUCAUGUUGCCUUCAGUGGAUUGAGACCCAUGUGAGUUGGCAGCAGAUUUCUGCAGGGAGAUGCUGUGCUUGUCCACCCGAAUGGAUACUUUACUGAGCAUUCACAGGGACUUCUGUGCUACUGUGUUGGAUAUGGCAUGGACAGAUCUGAUGUUCUGUGAGGGAGAAAAGUGGAUUUUUGGCAAAACACAAGCAGUCCAUCUGGGAUUAGAAUGAAUCAGAAUCUUCUGUGUGUGUCUGCUAGGUAUGACAGCCAGUGAAAGUUCCUGUUCCAUGACGAGCUCCUGAUCUGUGAAUAUGGGGUGAAUGCCACUUGUUUACAUGCUAACUCAUAAUGGGUAGUUGGAGAGAGAGGGAAAAGGGAAAGGAGAUUUACACAUCUCUAGGCAUCAGAAUUAGUCAGCACAUCUCCCUGAGCCUGCUCUGCAAUUGCUGGUGAGAGCAGUAUUUCCCUAGGAAACAAAUUCACGGGAGCUGUGUAGAGCAGCAGUACGAUAUUGUGCAGUGAAUUGUCCUCUGGAGAAGCUUGCUUCUAUAGAGAGCACCUGGGGAAAUUAGCUGGUUAAUUUGAGCUAGGGAAGGCAGAUGCCUGGAGCUUGGAUAUCCCACACUCUCCUUCAUUCCCCUCCCAUUCCUUCCAGCUGACCUGCUUACCUACUACUGUCUGUCCUGCUCCUGGGAGCCUGCAUCAUUUAAAUGGCUUUUCCUUCUGCCCUGUGAAUUUGCCAAGGUACCAUGGUUGUUUCUAUAUGGGAGCUACUGGAUGUCUAGUUCAAAAUGUAUGUAUUGUUUAACCAGAUGUUAAACUCACCAAUAAAAUACUGGAGCUCGUGAUCAUU